AUGGAGACCAUCAAGAACGCUGCCAACUACGUUUCCGAGACCGUCCAGGGCGGUGGUGCUGAGGCAUCCAAGGAGGCCAACAAGUCUGUCGCCAAGGACGGAAACGCCAGCUUGUCCAGCCGUGCAUCUGCCGCAAAGGACGCUGUUGGAGACAAGAUGGACGAGACAUCCCACAACACCAAGGCUGAUGUCCACAAGGAGGCCACCAAGCACUAG